AUGUCUACUGCUAAUACAUUCAUCACUGAUGGAGAAUUAAGGACGAAUCCAACAAUUGAUCCCCUUAUACUAGAUCUGGUGAUUCUUGUAGUUGGCUGUGUCUUUACAGUGUUUGUCUGUCUGUUUGGUGUUGCGGCUAAUAUCGUGAACAUACCGCUGUUUCGAAAGCUGGGCUACCAAGAUGGUGUUAAUGUUACUCUGACUGCCCUGGCCAUUAGCGACCUGGGCAGUCUGAUAUUUGAACUUGUGUACUCUAUCAUGAUGACCCCUUACAUCCUGGAGAUUGAUUUGUUCGUUUCUAAAGUGGUUAUUGGCUUUAUAAGUGGAUUUAUGUUCGAAUACUUCAGUAGGGUCAGUGGCGUGAUAACUGCUUACGCCGCUUUGGAGAGGUGCCUUUGCGUGACAUGGCCUUUGAAGGUCAAAACCCUAAUUACGAACAAGGUUUCCUUUGGGGUCAACUGGAGCAUAUUUAUAUUACAUUCUCUGUACCUGUUUCCCCAGUUUUAUACCUCAUAUUUUGACUGGACUUAUGUCCCAGAACGAAACAAAACAGUGUACGUUAUUUACUUCAAUAGCAGAAGAGCGGAAGUGUUUCCUGUAACCUAUUACGUCACAGACAUGAUUCUUCCUUACAGCACCUACAUUGUUCUCAUCACAUGCUGCACGACUCUCUUCUUGAAGCUCAAGUCCAAGGCCAUGUGGAGGCAGCAAGUUUCAAGCUCGGCAAUUUCUCACAUCACUUCCAAGGAGCGAAAGUCUGCAAGGAUGUUCAUGACCGUCUCCUUCAUGGCAGUGGUGCUUCUCCUGCCACAGUCCCUGAUGUUUACUGCAACGGUCUUCAUAAAGGCCCUUGCACUGAACGGCUCCCACAGCGAUCUAAGACGUGUAUUCAGUACUUGUACCAACUUUCUGAAGAUAAGCAACUCUAGUUUCACUAUAUUCAUCUACUAUAACAUGAGUUCCAAGUACAGACUUGAGUUUCAGAAACUCUUGGUGAAAUUUAAAACUAACUUACAGUUGAAAAGGGGAAAUGACAAUUAA